AUGGUUGACGACAACAGCACCACUGAAAGGGUAGAAGCUUCUGAGGGAGGACAACUUCAAAAUGAUCUUGUCCUAAGACUUGAGCGUAAGAUUUCGCAAUUGGAAGAAGAGGUAGCUCACAUGCGUGAUUUGGCCAAGUUGUCUAUCUCUCUUGGAACUCAAUUUGGAGAAAACAUAGACAAUCCUCCUAACCAAACAGCCACGCCAAACAAUCCUCCAAUCCAUAUAUCCCCAUCUGAACCCAUUCGUCCAAAUACCUUUCCACCACCCCACGCCCAAAAUACCCAAGUUCCAUUUCACCACUAUUACCAACAUACCAAACCAACCUUCCCAGAAACAACCCCAAACACAAAUAUCCCAUAUACUUUUGGGAACAAUAAUCCCAAUCCCAUAUACGUUGAAACUGCCCCUCUGACUCAUGACCUCCAUGAAUCAGAGUCCCAUCAGAAAGACAUCCUAAUAAAAACCCUGACUGAGAGAUUAGACAACUUGACCAACAGGGUACAACACGUGGAAGGAAACAAGAAGUUGGGAGGAUUGGGCUAUGAGGAUCUGUGCAUGCAUCCUGAUGUGGAACUGCCCGAAGGAUACAAGCUUCCGAAGUUUGAGACAUUCAAUGGCAUUGGGGAUCCCAAAGCCCACCUACGAAUGUAUUGUGACAAACUUGUAGGGGUGGGGAGAGAUGAGAGGAUACUCAUGAAGUUGUUCAUGAGGAGUCUUACUGGGGAGGCCCUAUCAUGGUACAUUGAGCAAGACCCGCGGAAAUGGAUAAAAUGGGUUGAUAUGGCAACUGACUUCAUGAAUAGGUUUGGUUUCAAUAUUGAAAAUGCGCCUGAUUGGUUUUACAUUCAGAACCUAAAGAAGAAACCGAGUGAAUCCUUCAGAGAAUAUGCCAUAAGAUGGAGGUCUGAGGCGGCUAGGGCCAGACCCCCAAUGGAAGAAUCUCAAAUGAAAGACUAUUUCAUCCGUGCCCAAGAACCACAAUACUAUGACCGAAUGAUGCUGGUGGCUGAAAAGAGUUUCGCUGAAAUCAUCAAACUAGGCGAAAGAAUUGAAGAAGGCAUAAAGAAUGGGACUAUCAUCAACUUGGAGGCUUUACAAGCAACCAACAAGGCUCUGCAAUCUGGUGGAAUGACAGAGAGUCGAAAGAAAACAGGUUCUGUAAUGAUGGCUCAUGGAACUAGGACCCCUUUGAGGCACAAGACAACAAACCCACCACCAUCCCCAUACCCUCACACCCCAUACCCUCACACCUCAUACCCUCAACAUCCCUCAGCUCCACCCCCUAUAUCUCCCCAACCCGUGCCAAUAUAUUACCAAAACGCUCCUCCUCAAUACUUGCAUGCCUCAUAUCCUGUCUAUAAUGUUCAACCAACACACUUCCAAACUCCACCACCUACUCAAACACCAAAUUACCGAAACAGACCUUCCUAUGAAAGAAGACCUACAAAAACCUAUACCCCUUUGGCUGAACCCAUAGCACAGCUUUAUGAGAGACUGAAACAGGCUGGGUACGUCUCUCCAAUUCCUGCAUUACCUGUGGAUGUUCGCGCGAAAUGGUACGACCCUAACAAGGUCUGCGCCUACCAUUCUGGGAUGAAGGGCCACACCACCGAAGUUUGCAGAGCCCUUAAGGAUAAGGUUCAAAUGUUGAUUGAUACAAAAACCAUCCAACUGAAGGAUCCUACACCGAAUGUCGCGAAUAAUCCUCUCCCUAACCAUCAAGUCAACAUGGUGGAAGCUGGUGAUGUCUGGGAUUGGGAAGAAUCUAUCUGGGCCGUCGAAACAGAAGAAGCCAUGUCUACCACUGCCCAAGCACCACUAAUAGUGCAAGGACUCGCCCCAUUUGAAGUAGAAGUUGCUGCACCCAGACCACCAUUCGCUGUCUAUAAGGCAUCCUCCCCAAUACAAUGUGACACACAUGCUGUACCUUGGGAUUACAACAAAAGAGAAACAAAUGUGGAAGAGACAGAUGUUGCAACAGGGGUCACCAGAUCUGGAAGAAUUUACAUUUCUGGAAAUUUGGUUCAGGGAAGCUCUAGCAAAUCCAAAGCACCAGUCGUAGAGCUCGAGGAUCAAAGUAUUUGGAAAAAGGUUAAAGCUAAAGAAUACUCUGUCAUUGAGCAGCUGAGUAAAACCCCUUCCCAAAUAUCAAUUCUGGAGUUACUGCAAUCUUCCGAAACUCAUCGAGAUGCCCUUCUGAAGAUCCUUGGUGAAGCUUAUGUACCAUCUAACAUCACUCAUGGAGAGGUAUCCCAAAUGGUGGGGCAGGUCUUUGAGGCUUACAAAAUAUCUUUUCACAAAGAUGAGCUGCCAAUCGAAGGAACAACUCACAAUAAAGCUUUGUACAUUUCGGUUCAGUAUCAGGAUAAGGUGAUAAACAAAGCAUUAGUUGAUGCAGGUUCAGGUUUAAACAUUUGCCCUCUGAGCACACUGACGAGGCUGGGUGUGGAUAGUGCAAAAAUUCAGACAUGGAAGAUGAAUGUGAGGGCAUUUGAUGGCUCUCAGAGAGGCACUAUUGGGGAGAUAACCUUGGACAUGCUCAUUGGUCCUGUCACUUUCCCCAUAGCUUUCCAAAUUUUGGACAUCCCUUCAUCGUACAACUUAUUGUUGGGUCGUCCAUAG